UCUUCUGUUGCUUUGCAGAGAUGAAAACAACAUCCAUAUUGCAAUUGAGUUUAGGUUUUGUUGUUUCGUUUGGUUGUUUGAUGCUUGUGAAGUUUAUUUGUGCAAUUUUCCUGUGAGAGUUCAGAGAUCUAUUUGACAAAAAAUGGUAGCUGUUUCGGAAAUGUCAGCGUACGAAGUGUAUCAGCUCAAUAAUGCUGAUAAGAGGCAAGAGAAUGCUGCCAGGCUCAAAGAGAAAAGGAAGAGAAAGAUUGCUAAACGAAAGCAGUUCAAGCUUAAUACAUUGGCUGCCAGUGAGUUACUUGAAGCUGCUUCAGAACAUUCGAAGAGGAGCUCUGGUAAAGAUGCCGAACAAACUGCAGUCAGCGGAAAGGAACCAAUGAUCACUAUUGUCGAAGCACCGAAAAAGACCAAGUUGAACAAUGGCUCUGUGAAGGAGAAAAAGAAGACCAGCAAAUCUGACGAUAGUCCGAAAAGUGUACAGGAAUCCAACCAGAAAUCUUCUGGGGCCAAAAGAGAUUCUCCCACUAAGGUGCUGUCAGUGGCUAAGGAAGACUCGUCUUCAAUUGCGAAAGGAAACCGGCAUCCUGCUGUUUCUUCUAAGGCUAAGAAACAUGCCUCUUCUCCAGCCCAGUCGAUGUCAGGUUCCAAAGCUUCAGAAUCUGAAUCAGUUUCUUUGUCAGGCUCUGAAAGCAGUGUACAGAUUGCUGAAAAUUUCUUCUCAUGGUUAAUGGACCCAAUCAGCAAAGAGGAUUUCUUCAGUCUUUAUUGGGAGAAGAGACCUGUCCACAUUGGUCGAGAAGAAAACCGUGACUACUACAGUGGUCUUUUGUCAACAGCUGGCAUUGAUGCUAUGCUGCGCAAGAAUAAUAUUCUGUAUGGAAAAAAUAUUGACAUCACAUCAUACACUAAUCAGAAAAGAGAAACUCUGAAUUCGACUGGACGUGCCCAUGCUGCAGUAGUGUGGGACUACUAUCGCAAUGGUUGUAGCAUACGUCUGCUGAACCCUCAGACUUAUCAUGCUCAACUGAGAGAGCUGAAUACAAGGCUUCAGGAAGUGUUUGGUUCUUUUGUUGGGAGCAAUGCUUACCUCACUCCCCCCAACUCCCAAGGAUUUGCACCGCACUAUGAUGACAUAGAGGCAUUUGUUCUACAAAUUGAAGGCAGCAAAAUGUGGCGUGUAUAUGCUCCAAGGGAUGCAAGUGAAACAUUGCCUAGAACAUCUAGCCCUAAUUUUACUCAAGAAGAAAUUGGUGAACCACUUCUUGAAGUCCACUUGAAAGCAGGGGACAUUUUAUAUUUCCCUCGGGGCUUUAUUCAUCAGGCAAACACUGUGCCAGGCGAGCAUUCCCUGCAUGUAACCAUAUCAGCUUAUCAGAGAAAUUCUUGGGCAGACCUGCUAGAGAAGCUUGUUCCAGCAGCUUUAUCUAACGCAAUUGAUGAAGAUGAAGACUUUAGAAAGGGCAUGCCACUUGAUGUAUUGAAUCACUUAGGAGCAGUUCAUUCUGAUUCAGAAUCACCUGAAAGAAAGGCCAUUAUGAAGAAAUUAAAGCGUCUGUUCAGCAAGCUUUUUGACUAUGCCCCUGUUGAUGCAGCCUCUGAUCAGCUAGCCAAGGAUUACAUUCAUGGAGCACUUCCACCGUGCUUGUCAUCAGCCGAAAAGAAAUGUUCAGUGCUGGAAAACAGUGAUAGAAUGAAGGAAAAUGGCCAGUGCCAAGGAGCUGUCAUAUUAGCACUUGAGACUCCUCUCAGACUCACUCGUUCCAAUGUCUUGAGGUUGGUCUCUGAAGAAGAACCUGACUGUGUAAAACUCUAUCAUUCUAUGGAAAACUCAUUGGAGUAUCAUGGGGAAGAUAUUCAGUGGAUUGAGAUUCCUGUUCAUUUCGCUCCCGCAGUUGAACAUUUAAUUCUUUCAUACCCUAAAUUUACUCCCAUUUAUGAGCUUCCUCUAGAAAAUGAUGCAGAUAAGAUACAAUUAGCUACUGAAUUGUGGGAACGUGCCCUUGUUCUCACUCAAGAACCCCUUCCUGUUCGUAUUGAUGAUGGUGGUGAUGUUGAUGAUGAAGACUCUGACGAUGAUGGUGAUGAAUGAGUGAUAGGCAGAUUUGCCCUCACAGAUGUUUCAUUGGAAUCAUUUUAAUUAUUUUUUCUUGGGAACCUUGAAUGUAUAACAUGUGAAGAUUCGUCAUGCAAUAGAAAUGUUCUGUGUGUUAAUUUUUGGCUGCUGAUGAUGAUGAAUGAAUGAAAGACAGAUUUACCCACACAGAUUUUUCAUUUCAAUAUUUUGAAUUAUGUUUUCUCCUGGAACCUUUUAUGUAUGACACGUGAAGUAGAUUCCUCAGGCAAGAGAAAUAUGCUGUGAGUAAAUGUGCCUUAAAGAUUGACUGUGGAACACAAUUGUUUCUCAUCUUCUCCCGGUUUGUACAAGACUUAAGAUAGUUUAUAAUGUUCCGUGCUGUGAUUAUUUCUUGAAAAUGAUUAUUAUUUAGUAUGUCUCAUGUUAACCUGUACCUAUGUACUAUUUGUCAGGUAUGAAGAUGUCUUAAGUUGUUGUUUUUUAAUCAUGCCUAUUGUUCUGCUUUUCUGAACAUACUUUGACUCAGGAAUGUUGUUCUCACAAGAAAUUAAUUAAAAAGGUUAACAUAAA